AUGGGACAAUCUGCACCCUCCGUAGUGCCAGAGGGCUACUACCCACCCUUUGCCGUCAUUACUGAUGAAGACAAGGGAGGAUGGAUCAUCAUUGCGACGGCACUGGGCAUGGCCAUGGCACUGCUCUCGACUGGUCUCCGUGUCUAUGUGAAAAUCAUGUCGAGGCACCAAGGUGGACUGGAUGACUUGUGCUUAGCGGCCGGCACGGUCUUCGCCUUUGCGCAGCAAGGCGUCGUGUUGGGAGCAUGUAGUCACGGCUUGGGGAGGACCGUGGACUUGCUUUCCUCUACUGAGCUUCGAAAUGUCGAGAAGCAGUCCUUCUACGCCAGCCAGCUACUCACCAUUCUGGCUUUGGGUCUUUGCAAGUCGUCCAUUGCAUACUUCAUCAUGCGCUUGACGCCUCAGACUUCCGUCCGGACGGUGCUCUACGUGUUCCUGAUCUGCACCGCUCUCUGGAUCAUCGCCUCCAUCUUCACCCUGGCGUUGCAGUGCGACUUGCAUGUCCCAUGGUCUCUCUCAUCAGGCGCCUGUGAAGGGGUGUACAGACGACUUCUUGCUGUUGGCAUACUGGACAUUGUGCUAGAAGUUGCUCUGUUCGCAUGCGCUGUCCUGCUGGUGUCACGACUCCAGACCAAGUUCCUCAAGAAGUUCAUGGUCAUCAUCGCGUUUGGUCUGCGGCUGCCAAUCAUCGUCGUCAUCAUCGUCCGCUUGACGACGUUCGACGCAGACUCGAUCACCGACUUUUCGCGAACCGCAUCACUGUAUGUGGUCUGGACGGUAACACAGAUCAACUUCUCCCUCGUAUCCACCACCUUGCCGAUCCUCAAACCGUUCAUCAGAGACCUCAACACGUUCUACGGUGCCCUGCAACCUAACGAGUACUCGCGCGGCAGUUCCUACGCGACCUCGUACGCGCUGUCGCAAUUGAAGAGCAAACGAUCAGACGGUACACAGGGCCGAAGUAAGAAAACAUCGGCCUCCGAUGCGCACGACUCCGUCGACCUUGGCACCGGACUGCAUCAGGGGUCAGAGCCGGCUAUAACGACGAAGAUCCACGCAAUGAGUACCCCAUCGAGGUCUGAUACGACACGCAGUCAAAACAGCAUAGCAGCGGAGGAAGCUCAGACGAUGUUCAUUCAUGUAGACACCCAGUGGGAAGUCUCGGUUGCACGGGAAUCCACCUCUGUUCGUCCUUAUCCAUAG